AUGCGAGAGGAUUGUGUGGUAAAGCUGUACGGCCGUUCCUCUUCAGCAAUUUAUGAGCUAUAUGAGCUCAUAAAAGAGGAUUUGCAGCCCAAUAUGUCAACAAACAAAGCAGUGCCUGGGAUGUGUAAACUUCGUGCGUUGAAUUUUUUUUCCAUCAGGCACAUAUCAGCCCACUUUAGCUGUAGUUUGAACCAAUUCCUCAAGGCUCUUCUGAAGCACUCAGGGAAAUUGAUUAAUUUCCCAUGGUCUGAUGCUGAGCAGCAUGCUGUGAAGGCUGACUUUUAUGCGGUUGGGCAAAUACUCAAUGUGCUUGGUGCAAUAGGCUGCACCCACAUUGCAAUGACAGCACCACAGUGUUUUGAAGAAUAUUACCGCAACCAGAAAAUCUUUCAUUCGCUUAAUGUUCAGAUGAUCUGUGACUCCAAGCUCACAAUCAUGAAUGUGAAUGCCUCAUUCCCUGGUUCCACGCACGAUUCUUUAUUUUGCAGCAGUCAGCAGUUUGCCAUAUGUUUGAGGGAGCUUUUCCAAGCGCUUGGCUGCUGGGUGAUGCUGGAUAUGGGAAUCUGUCGUGGUAACUCACCCCCCUCUCCGAUCCACAUGGUGAUGCUGGAUAUAGGAACUUGUCAUGGUUACUCUCCCCCCUCUCCGAUCCACAUAGUACUGCUGAAAGGAGGCAUCAAAGGCCCCGCAAAAAGACCAGUUGUUAUAGAACGAACUUUUGGUGUUCUUAAAAGCUGCUUUAGGUGCCUACAGCGCGGCAAAUGCUCAAUGUGCUUGGUGCAAUAG